GGCGCUGUGAGGGGCGGUGAGCAGUUGGGGUGGGCUUGGAGCGUUCAAAGACUUUUAGUCGGUGUUCGCGCUCCGCUUUAACUCGGCACUGGUAUUUUCUGCCUUUACAGCUGUGCGUUUAUAGCUGCAGCUCAAGGACGGGACACAACUGCGGGGGAAGAUCCAGGAAAGGGAAGAGCGCAGAGAUUCUCUCCCAAGAGAGCGUGCUGUUGUUUCGUGAGGCUGUAACCAGGAAAUGGUUGCUGCUGCUUCAAGCUUCCUUAUUUUCCUGGCCGUGCUCAGGGUCACGGGGCAGCGGGGGCUUGCAACAUCAAGCAGAGUCAUAGAAUCAUAGAAUGGCCUGGGUUGAAAAGGACCACAGUGAUCAUUGGGUUUCAACCCCCUGCUAUGUGCAGGGUCGCUAACCAGCAGACCAGGCUGCCCAGAGCCACAUCCAGCCUGGCCUUGAAUGCCUCCAGGGAUGGGGCAUCCACAGCCUCCUUGGGCAACCUGUUCCAGUGCGUCACUGCUCUCUCAUGGAGCUGACUGAUGGGAGCCGUAGAGCAGCAGGGCAGAGCCUGCAAGAAGCAUCAGCCUGUGUUUGGGGAUGGCCAGCUUAGAAGAAAGAAUGCUUUAAAGAGUGAUCAUAAUUUUGGCGCCCAAAGAGUCAAAUCCAGAAGGGUUGCUGUGAUGCUGAAGAAAUUCUGCCCUGGAAUAUGAGGCAGAGAAGGCACAGCAGGAGGCCUGGGGUAGAAGGACAUUCCCUGCCAAGUUCCUGUGUGCUGUGCUGCUGAGUGGCCUUGGGAAGGCACUGCUGGGUAGCUUGUGCAGCAUCAAGCUGCAAAGUCAAAGCAUAAAUAAGAUAUGUGGAAAAGUGUAGUCAGAGCCUCACUGGGAAGCUCUAAGAGAGCCAGAACGGGGAUUAUAACAGAAUACCCAAACAUACAUUGAUGGUCUUCCUUUUGCUACAGAAACAGCAGUGUCUACACGUCUGUUUUCUGCUCAUCUUUGUGUCCCCACAAACAAAUAAUCUGUUGAGGAUAGCUGUAUUUCCUGGCAUUGCUAGGAGAUGGUGAGAAGAUGAGGCUACGUAAGCAGAACUUUGAUCCUAUUUAGAACUGUAGGAAAGAUCUGCUUAUCGUAUGGAGAUACCCAUUUCUUGAGACAAGUACUGGUACACAGCAUCCAGUGGAGCUUUUUAUUCACGUGGGUUUAGGUUUCUUGGUGUUAUCACUAAUUAUGAACACGUGCAGCAGGUCCUUAAACACCUCAGGGUAAUUGCAGUUGGUUUAUACUGGGCCUGAGCUUUACAGCGGGCUGAAACAGAUAGAAGUGCUCUAUUUGGAGCAGAAUUCACUUUAUAAUCUAGUGAAUGCUACUUAGUUUCUGUUCUUUUUUUCUGUUCCCCCAUUUGCCUUCUCGUGAAAGCCAACAAUAACAAAACCACUCUUCUCUCAUUGUGUUUUUUCCAGAAGGAAAGGGGAUAUGAAACCUUAUAUCCGUGUUGGAAAAGUUAUGACAGACUGGAAAGUUUAGGAAAGCACUGAACAGGUCAACCAGGCCAAACAAUGAUAUUCAGAGACUUCUUUGUUUGUUUUAAGAAUGGAAACAAUUACUGUGUAUCACAGCGUACUGCCAGUGUCUGUAACUCAUUGCUGGCUUGGAUGAGUUAGCUCAUACGUUGCUAUCUCUCUUGCACUGAUUGUCUCGACUUGCAUCUCUUUUGAUAACCAAAGCAGAUGAAAUGCUUUUCUCCAGUGAUUAAACUCGGAGCAUCUGAAAUUCAAAAGGAACAAUAGCACAGCACUGAGUUGCUCCACCAGCCCCAGUGUAACCUGAAUCAUCAGAUUCAUUCCUAGGAGCACAUUAGAAGAAUAGAUAGACUGCAUUGCCUUUUGUCUGUCUAAGAUAAAAAGAUCUGUCUGUAUCUGCAGCUCUGUAAGCAACUACAGCACAGAGCCAUGAUGGCAACUCUCAAUGAGCUGUUAAAGGAUGCUAGAAGAAUAUUCCUCAGUGUUGCUCUCCUCUUUGCUCAGCAUUGCCUUUUCCAUCAGUUAAUUAGCUGCAGAGCCCUAGCAUAUGAUGCCAGAUGAAAUUAUCUGGAGCUGAAUAUCAUCUAUAACUGGCAUCUUGUUUCAAGUUGCUCUGCAGUCCUCGCUGUCAGCUUCCUACGGACGUGAAGUGGGGUUGGAACCAGAUGUUCUUGGAGGUCCCUUCGAAUCCAAGUCGUUCUAUAAAUAGGUUCACAAAACACAUAGAGAGCUGCUCAGGAAAACCUGUUUCAAAGUGAUCCAUUCACAGAAGGCUGCCAAAGGAAGCCCUCCCCUCGCCAAAGGAGGGAGCUCCGGUGGUUCGGCCACAGCCGUUUGAUGCCUCUGGAGACGGCCUCUCCGCUGAGAAAAGUGUGGCAACAGUGACUCUCUGUGGUGAGCGCGGGAAAGUGCAGUUAAAAUCAACGUUCAUAGGUUUUCUUCGCUUUCAUCCGUCGUAUCAGACACAAAGGUAUAAAAGAAACCCGGAUUUAUGUAUUUCAAAGCAGAGUUUCAUCCUGAUUGAUCUACAGAGAAGAGCCUCACCAAGGUACCUCCAAGCUGUGAUUUUUACUUCCCAUAGAAUUAACAGUUUCAGAUAAGAAGCUACCUAUAUAUAGUACAAAUAGGUUGGCGGCGUGGUUAUGCAUCAUUGGAUACCCUCCGUAGGGCUUCCUUUUAACAGAAACUGAAGGAACGGUGUAAGAAAAAACUAUCUUACCUUCAAAACUUUGAUGCUGAACAGAUGGAGGAGCAAAUACUAAGCGGUGUCUCAAUGGGGAAGCUGUUCUCCAAAGGCUGGCGCAAAAGAGACGCGCGUGUGGUCAUGCUGGGCCUCGACCUCGCUGGGAAAUCCACCAUCCUCUACCAGCUGAAGGGCAGCCAGGCUAUGGAGACGUGCCCAACGGUGGGCUUCAACGUGGAGGCCAUGCGGACGCCCUGUGGCAUGUCCUUCAACCUCUGGGAUGUUGGGGGACAGCCCAGCCUCCGGGCCAGCUGGCACCACUACCUGGAGGACACCAACAUCCUGGUCUUCGUGCUAGACAGCGCAGACACGGCUCGGCUGCCUGAAGCAUUGGCGGUGCUGGAGGAGACCCUGGGCCACCCUGGGCUGGCUGAGGUCCCCGUCCUCCUCCUGGCCAACAAGCAGGAGCUGCCAGGGGCCAUGGCUCCUGCCGAGCUGGGGCAGCAACUGUGCAGGGGACGGCUGGCAGGGCACCCAUGGGUGCUGCGGGGCUGCAGCGCCCACACUGGGCAGGGCUUACAGGAUAUCCUGAGGGUUCUGGGGGAGUUGCUCCGGGGCCUGAGGCAGGGAUCCCUGAUCCCAGAGCAGCCCCUCAGCUGAACCACAGGAUUCUGCUUUGCCGGAGGUGCCUACGAGGGACAGAGGGGUUUUGCUUUCCUCUCAGCUCCACACUGCUAUCCUGGUGGAGCAGGACUUGCAGCAGCUGUUCGGCUGUAAGAUGUCACCUAUCAAUAUGAUCUUCAAGCCAUGGAAGUCAAUCAGGAUUAAUGCCAAUGGACGAUGUGAGUGUAUUAAUUCCUUGUUCCCUGAGGGUUGGAACUAGAUGAUUUUAAAGACCUUUCCAACCAAA